CAUUGGGACAAAAGAAAUCAGGUUAUUCGACUUUCACCACACUGACAGAUGGUUUCUUUUUUCUAAUCCCAACUCGACAACAAGAACAAGUUUAAACUUAUCAACUGUGAGUAGACACAAAGUUAGCAAACACGCCGCAGAUCCUGAGGUGUGUAUCCAGGUAACGAUAAGGUCUCUGAGUGUGUGGGCUGCAGGCUCAAGCUUGUAACAUGGGGACACGCCCUCUGCACAUUCUUUACAGAAACAAGCGGCAGAGACGCAGUGCAAAGAGACUGCAGUCGUCAGAAAUGGCUGAAAAAGAGGCUUUGUCUGUUGGGAAUGGACGUUCAGCUGAGACUCUGUCAGCACAGAAUGGUCCCGUGCUGCCCUCUGCAGGCUCAGACAGCAUACUGCAGGACAGGCUGAGCUUCAUGCCGCUGGAAUCCAGCACUGACAAGCCUAUCCAACCUUUCCCACGUUCUCCGAAACUACAGAGGAAGAUCGCAGACGCUGGACAGCCCUCGCAGGAGCAGCUAACCAGAUGUGUGGAGGAGCUGCAGGCGGAGAGAUCCAGGACUGAGGCUCACAUCCAGUCACUGAAGAAACGCAAGGCAGACCUCUCUAGGAGCACGGAGGUGAUGAAGCAGCAGGUUCGGGAGCGCUUUGAGAGCAUGCGGCAUGUCCUGAACCAGGACGAGCAGGCCGUCCUGGACUCUCUGGAGCUGGACCUGAGAAAGACCAGGACCAGACUGGACCAGGUUCUGAAGAAGUGGACUCAACACCAGGAGCAGCUCACUAAGAACAUCAGCAGCACCCAGAGAGCGCUGAGCAAGACCGCUGCAGCAGAGGAAGACGGGAAGGGCCAGUCUAAGAACGUGAGUCCUAAGAAGCCAGACGCCUCUGAGAAGGAGAUCCGACUGAAUGAAGAGAGAUUCCAAAGGCUCCUGAAAACUUUAGCCUCCAUUUCCAAGCAGCUGAGGGCUCAGCUGCAGAGGAAGACUCUGCUGUUAGAUUCGUCCCCCAUGGUCAUUGACAAGCAGACCUGCCAUAGCCAGAUCGCAGUGACCUCAGAGGGGCGGGGCAUGUCCUUCUCUGGCACUGCCUCUUCGGCUCCGGAGCAUCCUCUCCAGUUCGACAAGGUGUGCUGCGCUUUGUGCUGCUCUCCUGUCGCGGCAGCUCAGAGUUACUGGGAAGUGGACGUACGCUGCAGCUCAGCAUGGGCCGUGGGCGUGGCGUACGCCAGCCUGGAGAGGAAAGGCAAGGACAAGGGUGCCAAACUGGGCCGAAACAGGAACUCGUGGUGCGUGGAGCUCCGCAACGGCCGACUUUCCGCUUGGCACAACGACCGGAACGUAGAGUGCCAGGGCGUCGGGCAAACGGCACCGAGGAAGAUCGGAGUGUGGGUGAACUAUGACAAGGGCCAGCUGAUGUUUUACGAUGCGGACACCAUGGUCGUCCUGCAGAAGUUCUCUGCUGCCAUGACACCGGUGUUCGACAGGGCUCAUCACCAGUUCACUGAGUCGCUGUACCCCGCCAUGCGCUUCCUGAAACCGCUGAAGAACCAGAUGUGGCCAAACCACGUGGAGCUCUGUUAUCUCAACACUCCGUGAGACUCGGUGUGUUCCGUCCAUGUACAUACACCGUUACCUGAGAGCAGCUGUACAGUAGAAUACUUCACGGUACACAAAUGACUCGG